ACAUAGCCAAUGAGAGAAGAUACGUCAGAUAAUCCGUGUUUGUCUGCCCUCUUAACAUUUCUUAAGUAUGAUUUCCAAAUAGCUCUCUCUUCCUCUUUCGUCCGCCAGUCUGUCAAAAAAUGUGAAUGCAGGGCGGUGGAUUAGGGCUUUCGAAUUUUGACUAACUGUGAUGGUAUUCGAGCCACGUGUCGUCCGAUCGAGUCGAGACGUACGGCCAAUGCGCGAGGAAGUUCUUUGAGCGGUGACACCAGUGCUGUGCAACGGCAUUUUAAUUUUUUUUUUUUAAAUUGCGACCAUGGCACUCCGCAAAGUAAAGGGAAACUUUGAGCGGAUGUUCGACAAGAAUCUGACGGAUCUGGUGCGCGGGAUCAGGAAUAAUAAGGAAAACGAGGCGAAGUACAUCGCGCAGUGCAUCGAAGAGAUCAAGCAGGAGUUACGGCAAGAUAAUGUGGCGGUCAAGGCCAACGCCGUGGCCAAGUUGACAUAUCUCCAGAUGUUAGGAUAUGACAUCAGUUGGGCUGGCUUUAAUAUAAUAGAAGUGAUGUCAUCAGCAAAGUUCACUUACAAACGAAUCGGUUAUCUCGCCGCCAGUCAAAGCUUUCAUGCAGAUACAGAGCUAUUGAUGCUAACAACGAAUAUGAUUCGUAAAGAUUUAAAUAGUCAAAACCAGUAUGAUGCUGGUUUAGCACUGAGCGGUUUGUCUUGCUUUAUAAGUCCAGAUCUAGCACGUGACCUAGUUCAUGAUAUAAUGACAUUGUUGACUUCUACAAAGCCAUACUUGCGCAAGAAGGCUGUCUUGAUGAUGUAUAAAGUAUUCCUGAGAUUUCCUGAGGCCUUGAGGCCUGCUUUCCCCAGGUUAAAAGAGAAGCUUGAGGAUCCAGACAGUGGUGUUCAAAGUGCGGCAGUAAACGUAGUGUGCGAAUUAGCCAGGAAAAAUCCGAAGAAUUACUUGAGCUUAGCGCCUGUUUUCUUUAAGUUAAUGACAACUUCUACAAAUAAUUGGAUGCUUAUCAAGAUCAUCAAAUUGUUUGGAGCAUUGACACCUCUAGAACCUAGGCUUGGCAAAAAAUUAAUAGAACCUCUUACCAAUUUGAUACACAGUACAUCCGCAAUGUCCUUAUUAUAUGAAUGUAUCAAUACAGUAAUUGCUGUGUUGAUUUCUAUAUCGUCCGGUAUGCCAAAUCACUCCGAUUCGAUACAGCUGUGUGUUCAAAAAUUGAGAAUAUUAAUAGAGGACUCCGAUCAAAACCUGAAGUAUCUAGGAUUAUUGGCGAUGUCGAAAAUAUUGAGAACGCAUCCGAAGAGCGUACAAGCUCAUAAAGAUCUAAUUAUGCAAUGUCUUGAUGAUAAAGACGAAAGUAUAAGACUGCGUGCCUUGGAUUUGUUGUAUGGAAUGGUUUCCAAGAAAAAUCUAAUGGAGAUAGUUAAGAAAUUAAUGGUACACAUGGACAAAGCCGAAGGCACUACGUAUCGUGAUGAAUUGCUCUCAAAGAUUAUUCAAAUUUGCUCACAGAAUAAUUAUCAGUUUAUUACCUACUUUGAGUGGUACAUAUCUGUAUUGGUGGAACUUACACGAAUGGAAGGCACCAAACAUGGACCAUUAGUAGCAACUCAAUUACUCGACGUAGCAAUUCGUGUACAAGCUAUCCGAAAAUAUGCGGUUCAACAAUGUGCCUUAUUGCUUGAGAAUUCAUAUCUUUUAACCGGCCAGCCAAGGGCAACAAUGUCUGAGGUUUUAUAUGCAGCAGCAUGGAUUUGCGGAGAAUUCUCUAGUGAAUUGGAAGAUCCUUUGGCAACAUUGCAAUCUAUGUUGCGAUCACAAGCUUCUAGUUUGCCGGGGCAUAUACAGGCUGUUUAUGUUCAUAAUAUAUUAAAAUUAGCUGCAACGACAUUUGCCAAAGCAGAGAAGAAGGGAGAUACUGAUACUAUGGAAAAGAUUUAUGGAUUAAGAGAUAAAAUAACAGCUUUUGUCUGUAGUGGCGAUUUGGAAGUUCAGGAAAGAUCAAGCUCUGCAUUAGUACUACUUGAAUGUUUAAAAGAAAAUCCUGGUCUCGCGCAGGAAUUAAUGGAGGCUUUUGAAGGUGAACUUAAUCCAGUUGCACCAAAGGCUCAACGUAAAGUUCCAAUACCCGAAGAUUUAGAUCUAGAUUCCUGGAUCAAUGACCCACCUUCAGAGAGUUCAGAUUCAGAGGAUCUAGAUAUGAAUGAUAUUUUUAUUAAAACAGAAAAACCAAAUAAUUCAUUUUCCAAACGAGAUUUAAAUGAACCAUCAUUGGAGGAACUUGAAAGGAGACGAGAAGCAAGAAAAUUAGAACAAGAAAAUAAUCCUCAUUAUCUAAAAGGCUCAUUUAAGACUCCUACAUCAUAUCAUAAUUCAUCAAACGUAUAUGAAGACGUAUAUGAAAACAUUCCCAUCGCGGAAUUAGACAUCCCGAUUUCACUAAAGAUCUCUAAUGUACACAGAUGUCGCGAUGUAGAUAGUAGUCACAAAAGCAUAAAAAGCAUGAUAAAAAGAAGAAACUGAAGAAAA